CAACUAUUUAUACAAUAUUGUUAUAAUUAUAUAACAUAUCUAAAUAACUAUAUUUUAAAAAACAUAUAGACAUGCUGUUGGGCUUUGGAAAUAUGAAGACCGCUGUAGCAUUACUGUUUGUCGUUACAAGCCUUCUGCCAGGAAUUAAUGCAAGAGCUUGCUGCAAAGAUGGCUGGAUACAAUAUCAAGGUCAUUGUUACCAUAUUGCUUAUGGAACGAAACUUACAUUUUCUGAGGCACGGACGUACUGUCACAAUCGUGGUGCUUACCUUGUACGGUUUGAAAAGUUCGCUGAAUACACUUUCUUUGCAGAAAUUCUAAGAAAAUCUAACGCUGAGAAUACAUGGAUUGGUUUGACCGACAAGACUCACGAAGGGAUCUGGAGAUGGUUUGACACAAAAGAGCAUGCUACAUUCUCUGACUGGGCAGCUGGGGAGCCCAACAAUGUAAAUGGCGCUGAAGACUGUGUACACUUUAGUAUCUAUUGGGACUACAAGUGGAACGAUGUGCCAUGCAGUUAUAAAUUGACACCAUUGUGCGAAAUUGAAUAAAGAUAAAUUGCAAACAUUUAUAAGCAAUAUUUGAUUUGUUAUUAUUUUAUGUGUAUUUUAUUAAAAAGUGACAAAUUCAAAACUCACAACAGCAGAUGUCGAGGGCGGUGUGGCAGCGGUAAAAAAUUGCCACGUAUUUCACUUCAGUGUUAUAUUUUUUCUGGUCUUACAUGAUCAUUGAUUGUAGCUCAUUAAUUGCUAUUCUUAACAGUGUAAAAAGGU